AUGGGUCACAGACGGUGGUUGCCUCUAAACGAGAAGGCCAGAAAAGAUACAAGUGCAGGAACCUUCAAUAAGAAGGGGGAGUUGCGACCACAACCGAUUCGUCUGACUGGGAUUGAGGUGGAAAGCAUCGUUUCGAAACUAAAUGUGCAGUGGGGCAAGAUCGGAAAGAGGAAACAAAGUGGUACAGGAGGACGGGAACAAAAUGAUGAUGCAGAAUCAACAUGCUUCUUGAAGCGAUCCAUAUUAUACGAUCUGGAGUACUGGAAGGAUAUUCCCGUACGCCAUAACCUUGAUGUUAUGCACAUUGAGAAGAAUGUAUGUGAAAUCCUUAUUGCACUAAUGUUGAACACAACGGGCAAAACCAAGGAUGACGCUAACGCACGCAGAGACUUGAAGCGGCUAGGAAUUAAGAAGCGUUUAUGGUUAGAAAAUACUGAUGGCAAAGCGUACGUCCGCAAUAUGACACGACCUGAAGGUUGUAUAGCAGAACGAUACAUUCAAGAGGAGACACUUAUAUACUGCAACCAGUAUAUAGGGAAAAAUAACACGAGCCUCUUGGAGAAAUUGGAAAAGCGGCUAGACGGAUCAAUUUCAUUCAUGCCGAAGUUACAAGAUAUUGUUGACGACUUCGAUGUUGACGUGGUUGGCCCAGUUGGCCCUGGUCAAAGUGUCGUUUUAGAAGGAGAUGUAAAUUUCUUAAAGCAACGCAAUAUAGUUGUUGGGACUAGGACUAAGGUGGCGAGUGAUGAUGAGUUCAUACCUUGGUUGAAGAAACAGCUAGACUUGAGUGAAUCAAGUAAUGAAGUCUUCAGAGAUAUAGUUAGGGGACCAAAGGCUUUUGCGAUGCAGUACAAUAAAUAUUGUAUUAAUGGUUUCCUCUUCGUCACCAAGGAAUACGAAGAGAAUAAAAUGAACCAGAAUAGCGGUGUUAGCACAGAAAGUAUGACCACCUUCCGAUCUAGUGCUAAGGAUAAGAAUCCAGUGGAUGAAUCUGUACCUUAUUACGGAGUCCUCCGCAAAAUCAUCCAACUGGAGUACCGAGAAGGGUACAAGCCAGUUCUACUAAAGUGCGAUUGGGUGAAGGUGACGCACCAAGGUGUUUCUUUAGAUGCGGUAGGGAAUUUGAGAUUGGUGAAUUUGUCUAAUCUUCUCAGUUCAGACCAAGUGGGUGAUGAGCCAUUUAUUCUUGCGGAGCAUGCCGUGCAAGUUUUUUAUUCUAGAGAUCCAAAAAAUCCUAAUUGGCAUGUGGUCUUGGAGGUUCCAAGAAAGAUUUUCGUUGAAGAUGAGACAAGCAUUUUAUCAGAAACACGGGUUGUAAUUGAGGCUGAAAAAAUGAAAAGAAAGAGAGCAGGGAAAAAAUCCUGA